AUGCCUUCCUUUAUUGAUUCCCCUCUCUUGACUACUCUCCAGAGAUCUAUAACUUCUUGGAGUCAUACUUCCACAAGUAACUCCCUCCCUGUUUGGUCUACAGUACCUUUCACCAGGAAAGCUUUCCUCACCACGGCGCCCGCGGAGAACGCCGGGCGCCCGGGCAUCACGGCGCGCCGAGAACGCCGGGCGCCGGGCAGCCCCCAACAACGGCGCGCGCGAUUGAACGCCUUGCGCCGGGCAGCACGGCGCCCGCGAGGAAGCGGGGCGCCCGGGCAGCACGGCGCGAGCGAGAAACGCCGGGGCGCACGGGCAGCAAGGCGCGCGCGAGAACGCCGGGCGCCCGGGCAGCAACGGCGAGCGGAACGCCGGGGCGCCCGUGAAUGCAGGCGCGGAGAACGCCGGGGGCGCCCGGGCAGCACGGCGCGCGAGAACGCCGGGGCGCCCGGGCAGCACGGCGCGCGCGAGAACGCCGGGGCGCCCGGGCAGCACGGCGCCCGCGAGAACGCCGGGGCGCCCGGGCAGCACGGCGCCCGCGAGAACGCCGGGCGCCCCGGCAGCACGGCGCGCGAGAACGCCGGGGCGCCCGGGCAGCACGGCGCGCGCGAGAACGCCGGGGCGCCCGGGCAGCACGGCGCCCGCGAGAACGCCGGGGCGCCCGGGCAGCACGGCGCCCGCGAGAACGCCGGGGCGCCCGGGCAGCACGGCGCCCGCGAGAACGCCGGGGCGCCCGGGCAGCACGGCGCGCGAGAACGCCGGGGCGCCCGGGCAGCACGGCGCGCGAGAACGCCGGGGCGCCCGGGCAGCACGGCGCUCGCGAGAAACGCCGGGGCGCCCGGGCAGAACGGCGCCCGCGAGAACGCCGGGGCUCCCGGGCAGCACGGCGCCCGCGAGAACGCCGGGGCGCCCCUCGGGCGAGCACGGCCGCCCGACGAGAACGCCGGGGCGCCCGGGAAGCACGGGCGCGCGCCGAGAACGCCGGGCGCCCGGGCCAGCACGGCAGGGCGAGAACGCUCGGGGCGCCCGGGAGCACGGCGCCCGCGAGAACGCCGGGGCGCCGGGCAGCACGGCGCCGCGAGAACGCCGGGGCGCCCGGGCAGCACGCGCGCGCGAGAACGCCGGGGCGCCCGGGCAGCACGGCGCGCGCGAGGAACGCGGGGCGCCCGGGCAGCACUGCGCGCGAGAACGCCGGGGCGCCCGGGCAGCACGCGCCGCGAGGACGCCGGGGCGCCCGGGCAGCACGGGCGCGCGAGAACGCCGGGGCGCCCGGGCAGCACGGCCCGCGAGAACGCCGGGGCCCGGGCAGCACGGCGCGCCGCGAGAACGCCGGGCGCCCGGGCAGCACGGCGCGCGAGAACGCCGGGGCGCCGCGGGCAGCACGGCGCCGGGCGCCGGGAGGCGCCGGAGAACGCGGGCCGGGAGACGCAGCGCGGGGCCGGGAGAAGGCGGCGCGAGAACGCCGGGGCGCCGGGCAGCACGGGCGCGCGAGAACGCCGGGGGCGCCAGGGCAGGCAAACGGCACGGGCGCCGGAGAACGCUGCCGGGCGCCCGGGGGCGGCAGCACGGGCGAAAGCCGGCGCCCGAGAAGCGAAACGGGGGCGCCCGGGCAGCCGGCGACGCGGCCCGGACACGGCGGCCGCGAAACCGGGGGCCCGAGCGCGCGCGAGAACGCCGGGGCGGCCCGGGCAGCAACGCGGGCCCGGCAGAACGGGGCGACCCGGGGCCCGCAGGCCGCGAACGCCGGGGCGACGCGGGCCGGGGCGCCCGGGCAGCACGGUCGCGGCGAGAAACGCCGGGGCGCCGGGCAGCAACGGCGCGCGCGAGAACGCCGGGGCGCCCGGGCAGCACGGCGCGCGAGAACGGCCGGGGCGCCCGGGCAGCACGGCGCCCGCGAGAACGCCGGGGCGCCCGGGCAGCACGGCGCGCGAGAACGCCGGGGCGCCCGGGCAGCACGGCCGCCCGGCGAGAACGCCGGGGCGCCCGGGCAGCACCGGCGCCCGCGAGAACGCCGGGGCGCCCGGGCAGCACGGCGCGCGAGAACGCCGGGGCGCCCGGGCAGCACGGCGCCGCGAGAACGCCGGGGGCGCCCGGGCAGCACGGCGCGCGAGAACGCCGGGGCGCCCGGGCAGCACGGCGCGCGCGAGAACGCCGGGGCGCCCGGGCAGCACGGCGCGCGAUGAACGCCGGGGCGCCCGGGCAGCACGUCGCGCGGAGAACGCCGGGGCGCCCGGGCAGCACGGCGCCCGCGAGGACGCCGGUGGCGCCCUGGCAGCACGUGGCGCGCGAGAACGCCGGGGCGCACUGGCAGCACGGCGCUCGCGAUAA